CAAACGGCCAGUUCCGUUCGGCGCCAUGUGACUGAAACGGAAGUCAGCUGUCGUCUGUUUACCAACACACCAUGGGUAAAGUGUGCAUAGUUUUAGGUUGCCGAAAUCGCGAUAGCCACAAAGAACCGGGAAUUAAAUUCCACCGGAUUCCAAAAGAUGAAGGAAGAAAGGAGCUUUGGAUAAGAGCUAUAAACCGGAGAGAUCCUGCAACAGGGAAAGUCUGGAUAUCUGGUGACGAGGGAGCCAGAGUUUGCAGCGUACAUUUCAUUGAUGGAAAAUGUGAUGAUCCAAAAAGUCCUGAUUAUGUACCUUCUGUGAAAAUGGGAUAUGGUAGUUAUGGUGAUAAUGAAGUUUCAGCUUCUAAAAGUGUUGACAGGUAUAAGAGAGCUGUAAAAAGGACUGCUGAUCAAAAGGAGAGGGAAUGCAGAUUGCAAUUGGACUUUUUGAUGACACCUGAUGGCAAAGAAAAUGAUCAUCUGCCUUUACAAGACUUAGACUGCAAUGUUGAGUUGGAAGACAAAAAUGGUACAGGAGAAUUUGAAAAUUACAGAACACUAUUUGAAAAUGCUAUAAGCGAAAACAGAAUACUUAUAGAUAGACUGCAACAGCUUCACUUUGAAAAUAAUGUUAUGAAAAAUAAACCCCCUUAUAUAAGGGCUACAAGUCUAUCUUUGGAGAAGACUGAAGAGACAACAAAAUUUUAUACUGGAUUGCCGUCUUAUUCAUGUUUUAUGUGGUUGGUGAACUUUGUAACGUGUAUUAUACCUUCUUCUAAUAUUUUGAGCUCUGCAGAUAUACUUCUUUUGGUUUUAAUGAAAUUACGUUUAAAUUCCCCCCAUACUGAUAUUUCGUUUCGUUUCGGAGUUUCCCUUAGUUUGGUUACCAAUUUAAUUGACAGUGUCAUCCCUCAAUUAGCGCACAAAUUAAAGUGGUUGAUUCAUUGGCCAAAUAAAGAUGACAUUUUACGCUCUCGACCAGACUGCUUUAAGGAGGCCUUUCCAAGAUGUGUUUCAGUUAUAGAUUGCACAGAAGUUUAUAUAGAGACUCCAUCAAAUUUUACUGCUAGAUCAUGUACUUACAGUAACUAUAAGCACCACAAUACAAUUAAAUUUUUAGUCAGUAUUGUUCCGUGUGGUAGUAUUUCUUUUGUUUCACGUGCAUUUGGGGGGCGGACUUCAGAUAAGAUAAUUUCACUUAAAUCAGGAUAUCUUGACUUUAUAAACCAUGGAGAUGUCGUACUAGCAGAUCGUGGUUUUCUUAUUAGAGAUGAAUUGGCAUCAAGGGGGGCGGAAUUAAUCAUACCAUCGUUUGUUAAGGGGAAAGACCAGCUUAGUGCCUUUGAAGUGGAAAGAAGCCGAAAUAUAGCUCAUGUACGAAUUCAUGUAGAAAGAGAAAUGGAGCGACUGAAAAAUUUCCGUAUUUUAUCUGGAAAGAUGUCAAUGAAUAUGGUGCCACAUUCUGACAGUAUUAUGACAAUUUGCUCUGCUAUUAUAAAUAUGCACCCUAAUAUUGUUCAAUAACUGAUUACCAUAUUUUUCUUUAAGGGUGUACUUAGGUGAAAUUGAAUAAAUAAGGAUAUUUAAAAUUGUACUAAAUGCUGGAAGAGUAUUAGUAAAGGAUCAAAAUUAGCUAAAGAUAUUGUUAGGUCAUGCAGCUCCUUUUCGAGAUAUUUGAUUUAUAAAAUAUGGCGGGAAAAGGCUAACUCAGACUUUUAUUUUUAUAUUUUAACUUAAUAUAUUUUCAUUGGUAUUAUUUGGGUCUCGAUUUAAAAGAAAGAAACUCAAAAAUCUGCUUAAACUUUGGCAAAUAGCCCUUAAGCUAAUUGGUUUAAAUAAAGGAUAAAUUGGUGUUAUUGGGUGAAAUAUUUCACCUUUUAUCAUAUGGAAAAAGAAUCCAAACAUCUGACACAAAUUCCAAAACUUCACCUAAGUACACCCUUAUUUAAAGGUAAGGCCAUUGAAUAUUAAAUCUUUUUAAGUGACAGAUGAAAUUGGAAAAUUUAAAAUUCAGCUUUAAAAACAAUAUUUUGGAAUCUUUCAGCUUUUGGUGAAACAAAUUCAUUAUGGUUACAAAACAUAAUUUGCAGAACAGGAUGCAACCCUCUGGCGCACUGUGAAAAGUCGUAAGGUUGUAAGUCACUGGCGUAGAUGGAAUAAGCUCGUAAACUUGACCUGCUGCAAAUUAAAUCUUGCUUGUCUAAUGUGUAUUGUUAUAAAUUAUUAUUCAUCUGUCAUUUGAUAAGGUACAUCAUAUAUGUUUUAUGUUUAUUUCAUGUUUAAAAUAAUAUUUGCCCAAACCUCAAGUCAUUCAUGGUUUAUUGACUUUGUUGGAAUUUAUAUGGUAUAUUUGGGGUAGAAAUUAAUUGAGCUGAAGCAGUCAUGUUCUGUCAGCAAUUACUAGAUAGCUUAAUAAUAACUAAAAGUAUUUUUUAAAUUCAAGAAAUCUUUAUUUUUAUGAGAAUUUUAUGCAAUUUUUAACCCAAAAUAUCUCAACAGAGAACAGAAAUAAAUAUUGAUUUAUUUCCAAAUGUAUUAUUUACAUAGUCCAUCAUAAAAUUCAAUACCUUUUUGGCCUGAAAUAUCAUCAAUAAUGAAAUAAGAAAAUAUUUCCAUAAAUCUUUGAAUUUUGUUAAUAUCUUUGCUUUUUUUUACAUGUACCUUAAAUAUCAAUCUUAAAUGUAUAAAUUCCCUUAAUAUGCGAUUUUUGAGGAUUUUUUGCCUUUUUAACAAUAAAAAUGCAGAAUUAGUGAUAUAUUGAAUUUUGAAAUUUGUUUUCAAAUAGAAGACAUGCAGAUGGUAAAUAAAUCAAUGAUGAAAAUAUUUUUUUGGGACAAGUCCAUCUUUGGUACUUAGUGAACCUACAGUAGUCCAUUCUUUUGAAAAUAAAAUGUAAAUUUUAUUCAUUUUUAAUGGGUAAAUGAAACAAAGAAUCCUCAACUGAAAUUGUUUUAAAAAAAUGUAUUCAGCUAUUAAAGGCAUACGAUACAGUUUUGAACCUGUAUUUAAAGAUUGAUGAUAUUUUGCUAUAUAGGCUAUUUUGUACCUGAUUAAAUCAAAUAUGUAAUAAAAAAAUAUACCUUCAUGUGCUACUUUCUGAGUAAAAUGAGAGCAAAAUUUUGUAUAUUUGCUCAAAAUUCAGAUUUGUGUCCGUAUUUUAUUUUUCAAAUGAAAGACAUAACUUUUUUGUUUUAAAAGACACAAAUUAUUUUGUUAAAUGAUCUGUAAUUUUUAAGUAUCAUUAAAAAUUAAAAAAGCGCUAUUUCCAGUUUUAAAAUAUUUUGGUCACAUAAUCUCCUUGCAAAUUAAAAAAAAUUGCCGUUUAAAA